CUCGCCCCAGCCCACACCAGCCCACUCUGUCAUCACCCACCAGCCCGCACACACCCACACACCGCCCUCAACAUGAAGCUCGUGGUAUUGGCUUGCCUGGCCGCCGUCGCCACCGCCGCGCCUCAGUUUCCCCAGAACUUCAACCUUCAGGAAGUGUCUCGUCCCAUCGCCAUCCUGAGGGACGAGCGUCAGGACAGCGGCGACGGCAACUUCAUCUACGAAUUCGAGACCGAGAACGGCAUCGCUGUGAGUGCCAGGGGCAGCCCUGGCUCUCAAGGGCAGAGCAACAUUCAAGGUGUCUACAGGUACCCCCUCCCCGACGGCACCAUCGCUGAGGUCCGCUAUUUUGCCGACGAGAACGGCUACCAACCCCAGUCCGACCUAAUCCCCACGUCUCCCCCACUCCCCGCACACGCCAUCGAGCAGAUCCGCGUGGCUGAGGAACAGCGCGCCCAGGGCAUCACCUUCCAAUAAGACAGAGUGUGUGAGACAUGUCUGACCCCACCGCUUUUCGACUCCAAUGGGACCAGACAUGUCUGCUGGCUACGCCUGGACCCACCGCUUUCUGACACAUCUUCUGUCAAGUCUCCGGGCUUCCCCCGACGUGAUUACCCUUUUCAGUUACCAAUUGUCUGUGAAUGUUCAUGAAUGUUGUACAGUUAUGUUAAAAGUGAAUAAAAUGCGAUUCAGUUACUGUACAUU